AUGUCUGCUGAAGCGCGAAAGUUGGAAAUUGAGGUCGCCGAGCUCGAGAGACGUCUGAAGGCCAACAGCCGCGAGCGACGAAGGGUCAAUCAGCUGAACGAUAUGUUUGAGACGCUUCUGCUCCUUCUUCCACCAUCCAAUUUCCAAGUGAAAUUGUCCCGCGUUCAAAUUCUAAGAGAGGCUGCUGACUAUAUUGCUUGCCUUCAAGAAUACCUCAAGCAGCCAUGUAUUAUUGGAGCCGAAGUCUUAUUUCCACAUAUCUUCGAGACUAGUCGUUGUGGUCUCAACAAGAAAUCGACAUACCGCAAAUUUCAACUUAAUCGUCGGCCUGAGCCAUCAGCAUCUCGCAUCAUCACCAUCCGCCGCCCAAACUUCAUCUACACCUCGACAUCUCUUGACGCGUUCCCGAUGCAAUCAGAUCACAGAAUGUUGCCAUCACCGCAAAACGAGAAUGACGAUACCCCCUCCUAUAUGCAAUUGUGA